AUGGAAGACGAUGAUUUAGCACAGGUACAUAGCUACCUUACCCCUCUACCUAUCUUACCUACCUGUAGCCCUCUACAUACCUCUCUACGCUACUACGCACCCAACCCUACACAUUUCAGUCACACACCUAUCUAUCCAUACGAUGCUUCUCUUUGCACAUAUAAAGAAGAAGAAGAAGGAGGAGGAGAAGGAAGAGAUGAAGAGAGGGAUAGAUGAAAAGAGGAUAGUUACUAACAACCCCGGAACAAAAAAUAGAUCCGAAAAGCUCGAUUAGAACAACUGAAAUCCCAAGGAGGAGGUGGAGGUGGAGGUUCCAGCGGCGGAGGAGCAGAAGACAGAGCGUACGUCUACCACUGCCCAACUUCAUUUCACAGCCCAUCCCAUCCCAUCCCCAUCCAUCACCCCCCAUCCCCCCCCAAAAAUCCCCCAUCCAGCUAACCACCCAACAGAACCCAAGAAUCCGAAGCCCGCUCUCAAAUCCUCUCCCAAAUCCUCGAGCCCGAAGCGGCCGAUCGGCUCGGUCGCAUCCGGCUCGUUAAAGAGAGCCGCGCUCAGGACGUGGAGAACCGACUCAUUAUGCUGGCGCGAAGCGGCCAGUUGCGGAGUAAAGUCACCGAGACGCAGUUGAAGGAGUUACUGGGCGCGGUGGCGGAGAAGAAGGAGGAGGAGAGGAUUGUGGUUAGUAGACGGAAGGGGGGGUGGGAUGAUGAUGGGGAGGAUGCGGAUUUGUUUGAGGGGCUGUAG